UCCAACUACUUUUACUUAUGUAAAUUGAAGUGUUUCAGGAGUGAGGACCACACAUUUAUUAAACAGACACUGAGAAAAGAAACAUUUAAGAAAACUACUGGUCUUAAGAUAGUCAGCAACGAUAUCAUCAAGUUAAUUAAAAAUCAACUAAAAUGAAUGUGUCUGAUCCAUCAUAUAAUUUGGUUGAUCAACGAAUAUGGAAUAUAUGUACGCCAAUUGUUUUGGUUUUUGGAACUAUUGGGAAUGUGCUGUCUAUAGUGGUUUUUGGGAGUAAGAAGAUGCGCUCUAAGACGAUGUCUCUCUACCUGAUCUCACUCGCUGUAGUUGAUAUACUCGCAUUAUGGUUUGGACUAUUUACCAAGUGGGUACCACACAUCGAAACGACACCUCCUAUUACUGUUCGUGCUCUAAAUGGAUUUAGCUGCAAAUUGAUAACAUUUAUGGUAUACACGAAUGGACAUGUUACCUCAUGGAUCCUGGUCUUUGUGACUUAUGAACGAUUCAUAUCCGUUUUUUUCCCUUUGAAAGCCAAAGCUCUAUUCAAGAUAAAGUCAACUCUAAUAAUAAUAGCUAUGUUAUUCACAGUGUUCAUCUCUCUUAACCUUCAUAUUUUCUGGAUGGUUGACGUCAUCGAGAAUAACAUCACCAAUGAACGGGAUUGUCGAUAUACCGAAGACCACAAAGAAUACUGGACCAAAAGGAGAGGCUUUAUUGAUCUGAUUUUGGGUUCAUUUAUACCUUUUAUUUUGAUGCUUAUCGCAAGUAUUGCUAUCAUAUCAAAGCUUGCAACUAGAAAAAUUGGAGCAAUGAAUAACAAGAAUAUUGCAGCUAUGACCAUAACAUUAUUGCUAUGUAACUUUUUCUUUAUGCUGACCACAGCUCCAAUUGUCUUAUUUUUGGUACUGAAUAACUCAUGGUAUCCACAACAAGGUGAAAUUGGUCAUCCAGAUUACUAUGCGUACCAAAUACAUUAUACCAUUUGUGACAUGAUAUUCUAUAUUAAUCAUAGCGCAAAUUUUGUUCUUUAUUGUAUUUCUGGACCAAUCUUCAGAAAGCAAAUUAAGAGUAUGUUCAUGCAGAUGAAAUGUUUUGGACGAAAUAACAAAGUUGGUGGAAAGUCAAUGACAAAUGGGGACUCCACACAAGUAGGAAACAGCUCAAGCACAUAGAAACUAACUAUAAUCAUACUUCAAGAAACAUUCUCAGUUUACAAAUACAUAGGGAGAAUUGAGAACUAUGCGCAAUUAGGAAACAGCUCAAGCACAUAGAAACUAUAAUCAUACUUCAAAAACAUUCUCUGUUUACAAAGUGUACAUAGGGAGAAUUGAGAACUCUGCGCAAUAAGGGAAGACUUCAAGCACAGAGAAACCAUAAUCAUAUUGCAGAAAACAUUCUCAGUUUACAAAGUGUACAUAGGGAGAAUUGAGAACUAUGCGCAAUAAGGGAAGACUUGAAGCACAGAGAAACUAUAAUCAUAUUGCAGAAAACAUUCUCAGUUUACAAAGUGUACAUAGGGAGAAUUGAG